AGUGCGCAGCAGAGGUCGGGCUGUAGUGUGGCUGUGCGUGUGACACUGAGCGGCAGCAGCACUAAGAGACUCUCACACACACGCACAAGGGAGAAGCCACGUAAGUACAGCACCGCGGGAGAUGAUGUCUUGCUGAAAGGGGACCGGCUCCAGCCUCCCCUUUUUUUUUCCUCCUCUCUUUUCCCCGCCGCUACCUCUGCACCAGUCCCAUCCUCACGCUAUUUGUUGUUUUUGAAAGGAAACGCUGCAGAUGUUUAUUUUUCUGUGCAAGGCAAUCAUCUCAAUCACCGGAGUCCAAGAGAAAGCUGCGGCUUGAUGCGUCUGUCGCACUCAGCGUUGAUCUCCCUUGUCCUUGGCUGAACUUUGUCUCUCAGUGCGACUGUUGCUGCUGCUGAUCUCCGGCACAUUGUCCUAUUGUCCCCCAAUCACAGACCUGUCCCUGUGCAUUGCUGCUACUGCUCUCCCUGCUAAUUCUGCUCCACCACCCGCUAAUUCUGCUCCACCACCCGCUAAUUCUGCUCCACCCGCUAAUUCAGCUCCACCACCAAGAAGCCCAGACCAUAGAAAUCCCUACAGAUCGCUCUGCUCCAAACGAGAAGCUCCAAACGAGAAGCUCCAGACGCCAUCUAGAGUUGAACCAGGGGCAACUUUGUUAUUGUUACAGUACAGCAGAAUUUACCCCCACCCCCCCUUGCUUUUCUAAACUAAGUGGCUUAGCUCAAACUACCCCCCCCCCCAAGAAUAAUAUUUUUCGUACCAGACCUAAUAUUUUGGAAUACAGAAAGGAAUUUAAAUUGAACAGAGACUCUGCCUCUAUUUUUCGAGUCAAUACUUUGCUUUUUUUUUUGCACACAAGCUUGGAGCGCAUGGUGACCUGGAUUCGUCGUUCUAGAGUGACUUCUAGCAUGUCUUUGUUGCCCGCUGUGUUCUAGAUCGUAGCACCUACUGCUCAUACACCGACUGCUGCCUUAUCCCUCUCUCCUGAGCUUCCCUUGGUAGAGCUCGAAUCAACCCCUCUGUUUAUUCUUCCACUUUAAGAAUUCGGCAUUUGCACAUUUACACACUCUCCUCUCUGUGUGACCAUCCCCAACUGCAAGCACAAACCCCUUCCUUGAGUCUACCCAACCGGAGGUUUUUGGUGGGUCCUUCAUACCCAUGAACAUACAAAGGUCGAACCCCAUCACAAUCACAAGGUAUGGGAGAUCGAGGAAUAAAAACCAGGAUUUUGAAGAGCUAUCGUCCAUAAGGUCCACCGAACCCAGCCAGAGCUUCAGCCCAAACCUUGGCUCUCCAAGUCCCCCAGAGACUCCCAACUCGUCGCAUUGCGUUUCCUGCGUUGGGAAAUACUUAUUGUUGGAGCCUCUGGAGGGAAACCACGUUUUCCGAGCCCUUCAUCUGCACAGCGGAGAGGAGUUUCUGUGCAAGGUUUUCGAUAGUCGCUGCUACCAGGAGACGCUGGCACCUUGUUUUUGCCUACCUAUCCACAGCAACAUUAACCAAAUAGCCGAAAUCAUCCUCGGAGAGACUAAGGCUUACGUGUUCUUUGAGCGGAGUCAUGGGGACAUGCAUUCCUUUGUCCGUACCUGCAAAAAGCUGAAAGAGGAGGAAGCUGCCAGACUCUUUUAUCAAAUUGUUUCGGCCGUAGCGCAUUGCCACGAUGGUGGACUCGUGCUGAGGGAUCUUAAGCUAAGGAAAUUCGUCUUUAACGAUGGAGAAAGGACGAGGGUGAAACUGGAAAGCUUGGAAGAUGCUUACGUCUUAGCCGGGACUGAUGAUUCCCUUUCCGACAAACAUGGAUGCCCCGCGUACGUAAGCCCAGAAAUCCUUAACACAAAUGGCAGCUACUCUGGCAAAGCUGCAGACGUAUGGAGUCUAGGAGUCAUGCUCUACACCAUGUUGGUUGGACGUUACCCAUUUCAUGACAUUGAGCCUAGUUCACUGUUCAGUAAAAUCCGUCGAGGGCAGUUUAACAUUCCAGAGACAUUAUCCCCCAAGGCAAAAUGUCUUAUACGUAGCAUUCUUCGCCGAGAGCCUUCAGAAAGGCUUACUUCCCAAGAAAUUUUGGACCAUCCAUGGUUUUCAACAGAUUUCAAUGCAUUAAAUUCAGGAUGUGGUGCUAAGGAAGUGUCAGAUCAACUGGUGCCUGAUGUCAAUAUGGAUGAGGAUACGGACCCUUUUUUUAACUGAGCACAAAACUAGUUUCUUUUUGGUACUUGAAGGAGUCACAUGGCCACAUGAAGGAGUCCUUCCUGACCGUAUUAUUCAAAAUCUGUCUUAGCCUGGUAACGUAUUAAAAAAACAAAAUAAAUAAAAAAAAAGCCACUCUGGGCUCCUUGGUUUUGAGAAGAAGUCUGAAAGGAACUGCCGUUCACAUGUAGCAUUAACGCUGCUAUAAAUUCAGUUUAUGGACAACAAUCAUCUAGCUUCUCACCGUUCGGAGCCAAGGAGACUGCACAUCAGCCAAUCGUGGUGCAGCUUUGUCAUUCCUGUUAAUAAUAAUAAAAAAAAAAAACCAUGUCAUUGUUUUGCCACGCACACCUUGGCAUCGCACUGUUACAAUAUUUGAGUCCGCCAUUGUUCAGGGAAGGUACAAUUGGCUUUUUAAAACCGAUACAAUUCUAAUGGUUAAUGGGAUACAAGUUAGAUGCACUGACAGAAAAAAAUGUUGGUGCUAAAGCAGUUUCUUUUAUUAUUUUUUUUCCAACUUCUUAUUUCAUUUUAAUUCUAUAUACUUAAUAUUCCUGUGAGGAAAUGACAUUUGCAAGCUUUUGUUCCCUAAAGAGGAAGUAACUCGUUUAACAAGCUGUUCUGUUUUCUGUUAAAUGGUUGGCUUCAGGAAGUGAUAAUUCAAACUUCCAGAUGGGUUAUAGCUACGCUUAUGGAGAGAGACAAAAAAAAAAAUAUAUAUAUAUUACCAUUGGAAAAACAAAACAGGGUUUUGAUGAACUGGCUCUCACAAAAUUGCCAUCUUGAACUUACAGCCAGUAGGGUGUUCUACAUAGUAAGCUGCAUUCAUAUUGUAAACAAUGGUUUCCAAAUUCUCUCCCGAUUUUUCUUUGUUGCAUUAAUCACAGACACAUCAUUAAGGGAGAAAUUUUUUUUAAUUGUGUUUUUUUUUUUUUUUUUUUUUCUUACCAUUUCAAGGGAAUAUGUGUUUAUAAGCUGACAACUCUUCAUAAAUUAUUUCCCCCUCCAUCCUACGACAUUGCAUUAAAAUGCACCUUUUUUUAAUAUAGUCGAGAGUACUAUCUUUAUUUAUUAUUUCUGAAGGAAAAUGUCACGCUAGUGAUGUAUAAAGCCAGUACUUCAAUUACGGGUUGACUUAAAAUGACAUGUUACAUGCUGUACUUAACACUUUCUUAAUUUCCUGUGUGUUUUCUGGCACUUAUGUCCCUAGUUUUGUUUUUGUUUUUUUUGUUUUUUUUUAUAGCUUGUUUAAAUUAAACGGACAGUUCCCCUCACCACAACUAUAUGCUCUAUAAUAAAAUAUCCGCCUAAAUAUUUGUGUUUCAAGUACCUCAGUUGUUCGGAUUAUACUGCUCGUAUCCGUUUUGUGAAUUGGUCCCGUUCUUGGGUAGGUACAUGUAGACUUUGUAAGUAUAUCAAUGUUACUUGAAUUUGUGCUUAAUUAUAGUAUGUGGCAUGUGCGUACCGCUAUUUGGCAUUUUAAAUUUGGGACAAUGUUUGCCUGCCCUGUGGGAAAUUUUGAUGCUCAGAUUUAUUUUUUAAGGAUGAUUUUUUUUUUUUCUUUUUUUCUUUUUGCUGAAAAAAGACAAAGCUGCAGCUAACAUUGGUUUUAUUUUUGGUAACUAAAAGGAGUGUUGGAUUUUACACUCAAAAGAUGGUGCUGAGUCAAGAAGGACUUCUUUUUUUUUAUUUGACUUUUAUCCCUCCCCCCCCACCAAUUUGCUGGUUUUGCUGCCCACCCUUUCUGUUUUUAUUUUAAUUAUCUCCCCCCCCCCUCCUUUCAAGUACCUUGUAAGAGGAGCGACUGGUGAUUACAUGCAUGGUGGCCUAUUACUGCCUCUGGUGCUUUGAAUGUUAUGUAUUUGGUUUAAUGUUUUUGUUCAAAUCUCUCCAAUAAAUUGUGCAUAUUUAACUACAAAA